AUGUCUGGAGUCAUUUUCAAUUUUAUUAACUCCAAAAACGGACUGCCUCGAAGACUACGCACGGCAUACACGAACACACAACUGUUGGAAUUAGAAAAAGAAUUCCACUUCAAUAAAUACCUUUGUCGACCAAGAAGAAUUGAAAUCGCUGCAUCUCUUGAUCUAACUGAAAGACAGGUAAAAGUAUGGUUCCAAAAUAGGCGCAUGAAGCACAAGAGACAAACACUGAGCAAAACUGAGGAUGGCGACGAUAAGGAUUCGACUACAUCUGAAGGUGGAAAGAGCUCCAAGACGGGACUUGACAAAUUCUUGGACGAUGAUGGUCCACUAUCAGGCAAAAAAAGUUGCCAGGGCUGUGAACUACCACCUGGUGCCCUUUGUUCGCCUGCAGAAGAUCUGCCAGAGUUAGUCUCGCGCACUCGAAAUAACAAUACCCCGAGCGCAACGAAUAACAAUAGCUUCGCCAGCGAUGGAGCUUCUAGCGUAGCUUCCUCUUCAUCCCUUGAUAAAUUAGCAGAGGACGACUCACACGACGGUCAUCCUGCGACUACUUCCAUGAGUACAGCGCCAAGAAACCUUUCAAAGAGAAUCAAACAAGAAUCAAGGAAACGUUCGCCGUCUCUAGAUGGCGCAUGUAAAGUAUCACCAUCGUCCUCAAAGGAUGGGUUAGGACCAGUGUCGGGUUUACCAGAUGGCGGAAAAUUUUCAUCAGUCAAUUUGACGCCAUCGUCGACACCGGGAACUCCAUCGAGUAUGCACCCAAGUCCACUGAGUCAUUAUCCCCGGCCUUCACCGCCGAACGUUGCGUCUGGACCUCCACACCCCCAGGCUGUCCCUAAUACAAUGCCACCUUACGUUAUAAGGGGUAACGCGCCUCCAGGGCAAUUUGUUCCCCAUCCUGACUUCCGAAUGGAUUCCAAACAAUUCCUCGGAAAGCUGGCUCAGUAUCCUCAAGGAAGCCGAAACUACGAGAACUACGGGCCCGGCAUACAAACUGUUGAACAACACGGUUACUCACGGAAUCAACAACAUACUAGACAAGAUGGAUCACCGUCUACGAGACCAACUAACGGCAUAGGGUCCAGGCAAGCUUACCCGCAUGAAAUGUACCAAAACUACGGAUAUCCAGGAUAUGGUAAGGAUCAGGUUACAUACGGACAUCCUGGAUAUGAUCAGGCGCAAGGAUAUAGCGGAGAACACAUGGCAUAUCCUAAUAGCCACUAUGGAUACCACUACCACGAAGGUGCACAGCAUGACCAUGGACAUAACUACUAUGCUGGUGAUGGGCAGAAAAAUGCUCAUGGUGCCGAAUAUGCAAAGAACUAUUAUGACGGUAAUGCUUAUACACAGCAAACGGGAUAUGCUCCGAGUGCCGCACAAACUGCCGCUGCUAGUGACGCAUACAACGCUAGUGGUCCUGAAUGCAGUGAAAGUUACGGGUCAUUUCAGCAGUUCUAUGAAGCGACUCAUGCGACUCCUGGCACAGCUGGUGAAAACUCCAACUCCUCCUCCGACUUCCAUUUCCUCAGUAACCUUGCAAACGAUUUCGCACCAGAAUACUACACCAUUUGA